UGCCUUUCUACCGAUAGCUUGCUACAGCCAUGAGUAUCGCUGCGGUGCUCUCGCAGCCGCCGCUUGUCGCCCGCAUCACGACCUUCCAGGACGGCGUCUUUGCCGACGUUCAAAGCCGGUUCAUCGAGUUCCACUGCAGCGUGCGCUUCGCUAUGCGAUGGGUCGACCCGUGCUGGUGCCUGGGCGUCUACGACGUGCCGCGGGGCGUGCGCAGUCGGUUGGCGCCGCACGACGUGCUCUGGUCACUGCCAGGUAGCGACGUGCAUUUGUUCUCGAACGCUCGAGACCCGCGCUUCAUCUUGCAUGUGGCCAUCUACGAAGGCGACGCCGACGCUGCCACGCGCAUCGCAAGGUGCUGCCCGCAUCUCCUCUCGGACGCGGCGAUCGGCAUGGCCUUGGAACUUGAUGAGAUCAACAUUGCAGCAUCACUGGUUCAUCUCCAUGGCCCAUGCUCUGGCGACAGCGAAUGGAUCGAGUCCCUGGGCCGAUCGCUGGUUCCGCACAUCAUACGCCGCGGGUCCGUGCCCUACUUGGAGGUUCUCCGAGCCUUUCUUCCAACAGCGUGGUUGACCAAGUGGCUCCGCUUCACGAUCAAGUACCAUAUAUUGCCAAGCGCUUUCUACAUCUACACGUUCUGCCCCGAGACGCCCGGCGACGACGACCCGCUCAUUUAUGCGCGGACGUCGUUGCCCGAGACGCUCUGAGGUGGCUAUGUUUGACUGAAAACCGCCCGUAAACAAGCCGUAGGCAUAAGUACACCAGCCCAGGCCAACCGCGCGCAAGGUGCUGGGCGCGUCUCGAUCGAACUCGAGACUGCCCUCUUGACGUCGCAGAAGACACCAGAUUGGAAGGCCAAGAUGGUGGCAAGGAUCGUCGGUUGUGUCAGCAGCGCUCAGGAUCGAGUCACAUUUCGCGAGAUGAACGAGUUAAAUGGUCGAUUAGAUGGGUCCCGCGCUCAGGAUCGAGAACUCAAGACCGCGGCUUUGGAGCUUGGCGAUAUAGUCCGAGUGCUUGAACGCGGCUCCGGGCGUAAGCACGCCACGCGGCAGCUUCCUCUUCUCACUCGCCC